CGGAAUCGAUUUUAGAUAUGAAAAAAUGUUAUCGAUUAUUCGUCAACUUUCAUCCAAUAUUUCCAUAUAUGUGAAUCGGGACAUCACAUAUUAGAAGGUUUACUGCUAUUGGCUCGAGGUCAAUUCAAAUCCGGGUGCGAGAAACAGGGUAAAAACAGCGGACCAGACGAUUAAGAAACCCUAUUUGCGAGUGAAGAAAUUAUUGGUUGUUCUCUAUUUUGUUCUUGUGACCGCAUUGACAAAUUUAUCAAAGGGUUAACAACUGGUUUGGUGGGCGAAUAGACCAGCCAAGCCUUCGAUUGCUAUCAUACACCGCUAGGCCAUCAGGAUAGUAUAUAUGAACAAAGAAAUAAUUUAAGCAGUAAACAUGGUAUCAUCAAGUCGUACGAAAGAACCAGCAAAGUUCGAUUUAAAAAAAGUGCCGGCCCGGGUGGAUCGCGUAAACGUGAGUGGCUUACUAAGAACCCACAAUGACUAUGUCAUGAAAGCAGCCGAAAAUCUGUUCAAGGCCACCAAUUUCCAAGAUGUAAUGCUGGAAAGCAUGCAGGCCAAAUCAUACCUGCAUGAAUUGGGUAUUUUUAAAGAUGUCAGUAUUCACAUUGAUGUCAGUCGUGGAGAAAAUGCCAGCCCAGAUGGCUAUGAGGUGACGUUCAAGGGCAAAGAACUGUCACGCAUUGUAGGCUCAGUCGGCACGGAAGUUGGACAAAACGAGGGAUCUCUACGAACCGAAUUAACAAUACCGAAUCUAUUCGGAAGAGGAGAGAGUAUAUCUCUUCAAGGUUCCUACAGUAGUAAACGCGCAAACGAUGUUCAACUCAAAUUCUGGAAAUCGUAUUUCCAUACGCGUUUUGUGGAGAACAGACCAGAGAUAUCAUUUUCAAUUUUUCGACACUUGGACCGUUUUAAUGUAAGUAAAUUCCAAAACACAAAUUAUGGAUGUAUUGCUGAAUUUGCUGUCAACACUCUGAGACCAUUUGAGCUAACUCACUCUCUGCAAUACGAAGCUUCCAUACGAGAAUUGUCUUUAUUGCAAAAAACGGUGCCCAUGGCUAUUAGAGAACAUUGCGGCCCCAAACUAGCCUCCCUCCUUCGCUACUCAGUAAUUUUCGAUCAGAGAGACAAUCCGGUGUUUCCCACUCAAGGUUUAAUGGUUAAGUCUAUCAAUGAAUAUUGUGGUUUGGGUGGCAAUGUAGCCUACGUCAGCAACAACACACAUGCUGAGGUCAGCGUUCCCCUUUUCAGCGGCAUUGUAGCGCAAGUGUGCGGACGUUUGGGUGUCAUCAAGGAGACCAAGAAAACGACAGUAUUGCCUCUGAGCAAUUUAUUCUAUUGUGGAGGACCAUUGACUCUUCGUGGCUUUGAAUUCGGUGGCGCUGGCCCGGUGGUAGAUGGUACUCCAAUAGGAGCACAAACAUACUGGUCUGCUGGCUUGCACCUGUGGGCACCUUUACCAUUUAACAAAGUGUUCAAAGGUUUAGCGGAUAAUUUCCGAACACAUUUGUUUUAUAACGUUGGAAAUUUCAAUACAUUUUCGACAGAAAACCUGCGUACGGCUGCUGGUAUUGGUUUGGCAUUUAAGUUGGCUGAACGGGCUCGAAUUGAGCUUAACUACUGUAUUCCGAUACGAAAAUGUAUGGGUGAUAAAGUUAACAAUGGUUUCCAAUUCGGAAUUGGCUACGAAUUUGUUUAAAAGCCCAUAAAGUACAACAACAAAAAUAUAUGCUUUCUUUUCGAUUCUACAAAAAUAUAAAUUAAAAGACGAAUGCAAUCAAUAAAUUUUGAUUUUCAAAACUUAA